GGCUGAAUGUGCUGCUUUGUCUGCAGUAAAGCUACAGCGGGCACUACUGGUCUUUGUGACAUGGGAGAUGACAUCAUAGGGCCAUAUACAGAGCCAUUCAUCUCCAUCCUACAGUGCACUACUGAAUGCUGAGAUCACCUGAAAGAGAACUUACAGAAUGCAGAGAACACCUGAAAGAGAACUUAGUGUUAAGAUGUCAUCUUCUUCACCUGUAAGUAGCUCUGUGGAGGUCCCUAAGAUGUUGUCAUCCUCUGCUGGAAGUAGCUCUGUAGAGAUCCCUAAGAUGUUGUCAUCCUCUGCUGGAAGUAGCUCUGUAGAGAUCCCUAAGAUGUCAUCCUCUGCUGAAAGUAGCUCUGUAGAGCUCCCUAAGAUGUCAUCCUCUGCUGGAAGUAGCUCUAUGGAGAUCACGAAGAAGUUGUCAUCCUCCUCUGAAAGUAGCUCUGUGGAGAUCCUGGAAGUAGAUUGCUUAAAACAAAAAAAUACUGUUUUAGCCCAUGAAAACAUAGAGCUUCGCAACAUGCUAACACUCAUGCAAGAAAACCUUAUGCUCCGCUACACUCUGAGAGAGCAUGAGAGUAGAGUGCGGGGUCUGCCACCACCAAGGAGACGACAUAAGGCACCAAAGGAUUCCAAAGAAGUAAACGAUUCAAACAAUCUGACGGAUUCAAGUGACUCAGAGGAUGUAAAGGUACCUGAAGACCAAAGAGAGGAGCCAGAACCACUUCCAUCAAACAAACCUGAAGAGAAAAGACAGGAGGCAGAACCACUUCCAUCGAACAAACCUGAAGACCAAAAAGAGGAGCCGGAACCACUUCCAUUGAACACUGACACCAACGCCAUAAAAGAAGAGCGUAAACCCGUGGCAUGGCACCGCAGACCAUGUUAUAAACUCAGCAAGUUUUUGGACCGUUAUCGAGAAAAAAAAGAAGACCCAGAGUCACUCCCAGAGCACGAAAAAAAAGAAGACCCAGAGUCACUCCCAGAGCACGAGUCUGAAAAGCCAUCACGAAGUCAGCAGAUUGUUGGUGAAAUUGGCUUCCAGUUAGAUCGAAGGAUUCUGUCAGCUGUCAUUCGAGAAGCUCGACUGUAUGGACACUGUAUGGCUAAUAUACAAGAUAAGAUUCUGCAGCAUAGCACCUGUAAAUUGUCCGGUCAAGUGAAUGAAGAAUUAAGAGCUACAAUGACUCAGCGCUACAAGGACCUCAUGGAGCGACUAAGGACGCUGGGAUAUGACCCUAUAGUGCACGUCCCUUUCACUGAGGAUUUAGUCAACAGCAAUGGAAUCGUGAAAGAACUGCCAGACGUUGGAACCGAAGAACGUACGCGUCUAGAUGAUCCAGAAUAUCUGCGCGGGAUAAUAAAUGACUGUGUUCCAGGGGACAUGUUACCAUCCGUCCAUGUCCUCCUGAACUGUCUGGCACUGCUGGCUCAGGAGGAUGGAAAUCCGCUGUUCAUCUGGUAGUGAGGAGAACACUUUCCACCCAAUGCUUCUCUCACAGUGCAACAUCAAUACAUGCAUCAUACCAUCAGCCUUGCUAAGCGGUAGGACAGGCAGGUUUAAUAAUAACAAUACAAUACAGCAUUAGAAACACCAGAAAA